CAUCCUCGACGCUCUUGAAUGUUGUUGUGUCUUGCAUUGAUAGUCAUUGCUAUAUACCUUGUAUUGUUACGCAAACUAAUUGGUUGAUCAUUGUUAUGAUUGCAUAGAAAUCAAAGUGUCUCGCUUUGUGGCCCACCUAAUCUUCAUUUAGUCCAAGCCUAGUUUUCCAUUGCAAUACACCAUAUUCAUAGUCUCGUCUCAGGACAUGAUGAGUACUGAUCUGGAAGCGCAUAGCGCCUUGAAACCUUCUCCAGCGUCGCUUUCAGAUUCUUUGAAUGAAAAAGACGAUUCUAAAAAGAACAUCACGAUGGAGAAGGGUGACGAUGUCGUUGCGCCAGCGGCGGUGUAUCCGCAUGGAUGGAAGCUGUGGUGCGUCUAUAUCGCAACGUUACUGACUAUGUUUCUUGUGCCUCUGGACAUGACUAUAGUCGCGACAGCCAUCCCAAAGAUCACAGAAGACUUCCAGCGACUGGAUGAGGUUGGUUGGUAUGGGUCAGCCUUUUUCCUGACUCUGGCUGUUUUCCAGUCGCCCUGGGGGAAGAUCUACAAAUACUAUCCGCUCAAGGUCGCUUAUGCUGUCUCUGUUCUCAUAUUUGAGGUCGGCAGUUUGAUUUGCGGUGUUUCGAAGAAUAGUUCAAUGCUCAUCGCAGGGCGAGUAAUCACUGGUUGUGGCGGCGCCGGCAUCACCAUAGGGACCUAUGUAAUUAUUGCCAAUCUCGUUCCGCCUACAAAAGCUCCAGCUUUCAUUGGUGGAAUAGGUGCUGCGUUCAGCAUCGCGAGUGUAGCCGGUCCCUUGAUAGGAGGAGCAUUCACGGGACAAGUUACGUGGCGCUGGUGCUUUUACGUCAAUUUACCCAUCGGUUGUACAGCAUUCAUGAUCUUCUUCGCUCUGUUCCCAAGGCCAAGAACGCCGCUCCCGCAGGCAACGCUCAAGGAGAAAAUCUUGCAGUUAGACCCUCUUGGGACAACUCUCGCGAUUAGUUCAAUCGUAUGCUAUUUUCUUGCCCUCGAAUGGGGCGGCGUAUCGAAAUCCUGGAACAGCGCAGACGUGAUUGGGACUCUAAUCGGCUGGGUUCUGCUUGCUAUUGCUUUUGGCGUGGUGCAAUGGGUUCUGCGAGAGCGGGCGUCUAUCGUCCCGAGAAUCCUUGCGCAACGUCACGUAGCUGGCGGCGCUGCUUUCAUGUUGAGUUGUGCCAACUUCUUGAUGAUUUACAACCUUCCGCUUUACUUCCAAUCUGUCAAAGGAUCCAGCCCUACUACGAGUGGUAUCCAAGUCCUCCCACUUAUUGUUUCUGCAUCGAUUUUCGUCAUACUUAGCGGUGUCCUAUUUUCCAAAUUUCCGAUCUACCAGAUUUACCUUCUAGUGGGUGCGAGUUUAACCACAGUCGGUGCGGGGCUGCUUUAUACCCUUGACAUCGACUCAUAUGCUGGCGCCUAUCUGGGAUAUCAGUUCGUUGUCGGUAUAGGCAAUGGUGUAUGCCAGCAGAUUCCACUCACCGUCGUGCAGGCUUUCUCUAAGCCAGAAGACUUGCCGACUUCUAUGUCCACUGUUCUCUUCUUCCAGCUCCUCUCAGGAGCCAUGUCGGUAGCAGCGGCCCAAUCUCUCUUCAUUAACCGCCUGCUAGCCACAGCUGCGACCCGCCUCCCGGACGUCGACCGUGCGGUCAUCAUCGCAACCGGAGCCACAGAUCUGCAGCGUGUGUUUCAGGGUGACCAGUUAACCGCGAUCCGUGAGAGUUAUCUGGAUGGAUUACGUGCGGCAUGGGCCAUGGCCAUCGCGUUUGGGCUUGCCGCAUUGUUGACUGGACUGACGCUGGGAUUCAAGAGAAUCCAGAAACCAGACCAAGAAGAAGAAGAAGAAGAAGAAGAAGAAGGGCGGACGAAGAAGAAUUCGGACAGGGAAGCAAACUAA